AUGAGCCGAAGGAAGAGCCCUCGCCGCUAUUGGCGUAGCGGGCGAGCUUCCUCGGCGUCGCCAGGUCCCAAUUGGUCCACCGGCGCGCGCGCCCUCGGAGCGGUUCCACUUCCGCCGCUCCGCCUCCAAGCGGAAGACAGGGGCAGGGGGCGGGGGAGGAGGUGGCGGCGAGUUGCUGUCGCCAAUCCAGCCGCCUCCCCUCCCGCAACUGCCGGCGCCAGCCAUGCGGUCGCGGUGGAGCUCGCGGAAGAGCGGUUGCGGUGGCGGCUUGGCUCGGAUUUCUCGCCGAAAGUGGAAGCGGCAGAUGGCAGAGCGGCGGAGGGGAUUAGAGUUUUGGAACUGAGCUCCCCUCCGCGGCCUUUGUUCUUUGGCACCUUCUUGUUUGAUGGAGAAGACUACGAUGACACUGGUGGCCUUAGCUUCUUUGGAGCAUCCCUGAUCGGUUUCAUAAGCAUUGACUGUGGAUAUAUCACAACCCCGUCGUACACAGAUCGCAAUACAGGUAUAACAUAUUCAAGCGAUGAGGGCUUCACUGAUGCAGGACUGAUCCACCCUGUUGACAAAGGGAAUUUGCAAGGCGACCUUGCAGACCGAUAUCUUAACAUCCGUUACUUUCCCAGUGGGGAACGCAACUGCUACACGUUGCGGUACCUAACACCAGGUGGAAAGUACCUUGUUAGGGCUGCAUUCGGCUAUGGUGACUAUGACAAACUAAACAGCCUUCCUACCUUUGAUCUCUAUUUUGGGGUCAACUACUGGACGACAGUGACCAUUGUUAAUUCGAGUACAGCAUAUUUGUUUGAAAUAAUUGCUGUGUCCCCUGCCGACUUCCUGCAAAUUUGCUUGGUGAACAUAGAAUCUGGGACUCCUUUCAUCUCAGGGCUUGACUUGAGGUCACUCUCAUCAGAUCUUUAUCCGGAGGCUAAUGUGACACAGUCCCUGGUUUUGCUCAGCUAUUUCCGCGACACAGUUGGUUUUGGGCCCAACCGUUACCACUUUGGAACGAACUAUCAGCAUAUUAGGUUCCCAGAUGACCCCUUUGACCGUGUGUGGCAAAGAUAUGAAGAUGUUCCCAGCUGGACAGAUGUACCCAACAAAUCCGACGGGGCAAUCCAUAACUCCCCGAAUGACACUUAUGAUGCACCAUCUGCAGUUCUGAGGAGUGCAUCCACUCCCGUGAACGCCUCAAGGAUGGACAUAUCUUGGAGUUCAGAUUCAUCAAUGAGUGUUGGUGUUGACCCCACGUUCUUUCUUGUACUUUACUUUGCUGAGGUGGAGGUCAUCCAAGAGUUGAGGCAAUUUGAUGUCUCUGUGGAUAAUAACCAAUUAGCCUCUGCAUUCAGUCCAAAGUUCUUGCUGUCUACCGUUCUCUCAAGGAUUGUGCAGGGCUCAGAUGAUCAUAGCGUAUCCCUCGUGGCAACAUCAAACUCAGCACUUCAGCCUGUGAUCAGUGCGAUGGAGAUAUACAUGGUGCGGCCAGUGAAUGAAUCUACCACUGACUCUUUAGAUGCAAAUGCUAUGAUGACCAUCCAAACGAAGUUCUCUGUGAAAAGAAAUUGGGUGGGUGAUCCAUGUGCCCCUAUAUCUUUUGCAUGGGAUGGCUUGAACUGUAGUUAUACUUCCAGCAGUCCUCCAAGAAUAACAGGCUUAAACUUGUCAUACAAUGGAUUGGUUGGUGAAAUUGAUGCUUCUUUUGGUCAGCUAACACUGCUCCAACACUUGGAUCUAUCUCACAACAGUCUGUCUGGAUCAAUACCUGAUUUUCUGGGUCGAUUGUCAUCACUUAAAUUUCUGGACUUGUCGAGCAACAACCUAAGUGGAUCGAUUCCUUGGAGCCUGUUAGAAAAAUCUCAGCAAGGGUCCUUCACAUUAAGGCUUGACAAUAACCCAAGUCUUUGUGGAAAUAAUAUCUGCAAUCCAACUCAGAACAAAAAGAAGAACAAGGCAAAACUGCUACAGAUUGUUAUUCCAGUAAUUGCUGCAGCUGUAGUAGUUCUACUACUUGUGGCUGUAUUUGUGCAUGUCAUUUGGCGCAGAAUAAAAAGCAGACCAGGAAUUAGCGUGCUUGCUUGGCAUUCAUCUUGCAUGUCUGCUGUAAUAUGGUUCAUGCUUAUGCUGCCUCCAGAUGUAUCUUAUUCAGCUAAUCCGUUGGAGAACCGGAGAUUUAGUUACAAGGAACUCAAGCGCAUCACUAAUAACUUCAACACUAAAAUUGGAAAGGGAGGGUUUGGCUUCGUCUAUGCUGGUCGUUUGGAGAAUGGAGUUUCUGUUGCUGUGAAGAUGAGGUCAGAAAAAUCUUUACAAGGGAAUACCGAGUUUUUGGCUGAGGCUCAGCACCUGGCCAGGAUUCAUCACAGAAACUUGGUCUCCUUGAUUGGCUAUUGCAAGGACAAGAAACAUCUAAGCCUUGUCUACGAGUGCAUGGAUGGGGGAAACCUACAGGACCGUCUCAUAGGUCAAGAACCCCUUAACUGGCUGCAGCGUCUUAAGAUUGCAUUGGACUCUGCGUACGGACUGGAGUACCUGCACAAAUCUUGCAGACCGCCAUUGAUCCACAGAGAUGUGAAAACCGAGAAUAUCCUCCUUACCGCAAAUCUUGAGGCAAAGUUAUCAGAUUUUGGACUGACAAGGGCUUUCAGCAGUGAAGCAAUGACACACAUGACCACCCGACCUGCUGCUACCUUGGGAUUCCUGGACCCAGAGUACUACAUCACCUGUCAUCUGAGCGAAAAGAGUGAUGUGUACAGCUUUGGCGUCGUUCUCCUGGUGCUCAUCACAGGCCAGCCGGCGAUUAUCGCCAUCAGCGCCACAGAGAAUACCAACAUCGCGCUUUGGGCGCGAAACAGGCUCUCUGAAGGUGACAUCGACAGCGUGACCGACCCGGCGAUAAGAGAAGACUGUGACAUCAACUCCGUGUGGAAGGUGGCAGAGCUGGCCCUGCGGUGCACGGAGCGCAGGGCGCUGGACCGGCCAACAAUGGGGGAGGUGGUGGAGGGAAUCGGCGAGAGCUUGCAGCUGGAGAUGUCGUCGCGCUCCAUGAGGUCCAGCUCCAUCAGGACAGGCAGCUCGGCGUUUGCUGACGGCGACUCUGUUGGUGCGCUUGAAGCAGAGCUGAUCGGCGAAACAACAGCGCGGUGACAUGGUGACAUGGAGCGGUGGAGGGAUUCGAUACACCGGUUCAUUUCAUUUACACUUUGGAGUCUGGAUCAUCAUGUUCGCAACACAGAAAUUGCAAUCGGAUUGUUGUGCUUGAUUUGCUAUGUGAUUGUUGUGCUUGAUUUGCCAUGUGAUGGUGUUUGAUGGCGGGUAGCCAUCGUUGUUAGGGCAUGUAUAAUAAGGUGGCGUUAGCCUUCUCUUAUAGUUGUCACGUAGGAUUUUUACUUAGUUGGCGAAAAGAGAUUGAAGAGAAGGUUGUCUUCCCUU